AUGUCAGUUAAUGCACUGUCAAACUUUUGUACUCUUCCCUCGGAAAAGCCUCAUUUGUUUUUCAAUGCUGAUCCGGAAGCACGUUCUGAAGCCUUGAAAGCGACAAAACAUUUGUAUGAACUAGGAGGCAAACUUUCAAUAAUCGAUUCUGUCCAAAAUUUUCCAUCAUUUGAUAUCUUAUUACUGGAUGGAUUCGACAACGAGCAAAUAUGGCAACAGAUUAAUAUGAAAAAUCGGCCCUUUUUUGAACUUUUUGACAAAAAAUUUGGCGAGUUGCGUAAUAUGAUCGUGGAAUCCGGUCAAAGUGUAAAUGAAAA